AUGGAGAACCACGUACAUACAACCUGGGCCCGCACCUUCGAGUGCCGGCCGCGGCUCUACCACCAGCCGCCGACCAUGGACGACCUCGUCGCCCUCGUCCACUCUGCCCGCGCGGCCGGCGUGUCGCUCACCGUCGUCGGAUCCGGCCACUCGCCCUCCGACAUCGCCAUGGCUGCUCCCAACGACUGGCUGGUCAAUCUCGACUCCCUCUGCUCCGUAGUAUCCACUUUUCCUGUCACCGCGCAAAAGACUCCCGAGUACACCGACGUCCGAGUAGAGGCUGGAAUUCGGGUUUACCAGCUCAACGCCGCGCUCGCCUUCCGCGGCCUCGCUCUCCAGAACCUGGGCUCAAUUUCUGAGCAAUCCGUCGCUGGACUCAUCUCCACCGGUACCCAUGGCUCGUCUGCUUUCCACGGCCCGCUGGCGCAGCAGGUCGUCGACAUUACGCUGCUCACCGCCUCGGGCGAUUUCCGCACCGUCUCCCCAACAACCGAUCCGGAUCUGUUCAAGGCGGCCUUGCUGUCGCUAGGCAAGCUUGGGAUCGUCACCCACAUCACUUUCCGCACAGUGCCGGCAUUCAACAUUCACUCUGUGCAGGAAAUUAUCGACUUUGACCGGCUGCUCGCCGACUGGCGCACGCUCUGGACUACUAAGGAGUUUGUACGUGUCUGGUGGUUCCCCUACUCGCGGAGAUGCGUGCUAUGGCGCGCCGAGAAGUCGGACCUUCCUCUUUCAAAGCCAAGGUUUUCGUUCUACGGUACCUGGCUAGGCCGCAAGCUUUACGAAUCCCUUCUUUGGUUCGCCGUCAACGUUUUCCCUCCCGCAAUGCCUGCUGUCGAGCGCUUCGUCUUCCGCCGACAGUACGGUGCCACACAGACUUACGGUACGCCUGGUGCUGCCGUCGACGAAGCCGUGCAGGGAUCUGUCGAUGGUCUCAACAUGGACUGUCUCUUCAAGCAGUAUGUCAACGAAUGGGCCGUCCCUGCGCGCGACGGUGUCGAGAUCCUCACUCGGGUUGACCAGCUCGUUGCGCAAGCCGCAAAAGAUCACGAUUAUUACGUUCAUGCUCCCAUCGAGGUCCGUGUAUCCAACUGCUCUACCCCUCCAGAGGACCAAAUCCCCGACUCGCCUCUGGCUAUCGUGAAUGCGAACGGCGGCAAGGGCGCCAUCCCCGGAAAUUUCUCCCGCUCCCUGCUCGAGUAUGCUCCGCGUGUCGACUAUCCCGCGCCGGGCGAACCUAUAACCGUUGACAACCUUACUCUAUACAUCAACGCUACAAUGUAUCGUCCGUUUGGUCGAGACCCGCCAAUCGGCAAGUGGUACACCGAAUUCGAAGGCGUCAUGGUGCAGUACGGAGGUCGGCCUCACUGGGCCAAGAAUUUCAUCGGACCCGCUGGCAUCUUGAGUGCUGAGGAGGAGAAGAAGCGGAUAAAGAAAGAUGGCGAGAUGGUCGGAAUCGCCGGUGUCUUUGAGAAAUGGUAUGGCGAGGAUGGUAAAAAAUUCAAGAGUAUUCGACAGAAGCUCGAUCCCAGUGGACUCUUCAUCGGCGGACGCGAGUGGGCGGUGCGAAAUGGUAUCAUCUAA